CCGGCCCCGGAAGAGAAGCGGGCUCCCGCUUGGCAGCGCCUCUCUGUGGCGGCGCGGCCAUGGCGGAGGUGCCGGAGGAGGUGCGGCUGUUCCUGAGGCAGCACCCGCUGCUCGGCGUGGCCGCGCCGGGCAAGGUGAGGUGCAGGCUGACCGGCCACGAGCUGCCGUGCCGGCUGGCGGAGCUGCAGGCGUACACUGACGGCAAGAAGUACCGGCGGCUGGCGAGGACCGCCGGGGAGUUUGACUAUGAGAAGUUUGAGCCCCACAUAGUGCCCAGCACAAAGAACCUACAUCAGCUGUUCUGCAAGCUCACCCUCAGACACAUCAACAAGUUUCCAGAGCACGUGCUCUGUCACGUCCAAGGGAAACGCUAUCAGAGGGCCCUGAAAGCAUACGAGGAGUGCCAGAAGAAAGGGGUGGAAUAUGUCCCUGCCUGCUUGCGACAGAAGCAGCAACGGAGGCAGCACCCUGACGACCAAAUGAACGGGAGCAGGCAGCCUCAGAGAGAGGAAGAAUUCUGGGAGCCAAAGUCUCCCAGGACAGAUGAGGAUGGAGAGGGGACAGAUGAGGAUGGAGAGGAGACGGAUGACAGCAUGAGUGAUCUGUACCCACCUGAGCUCUUCCCUGAAAAAAGCCCAGCAGCUCCACAAAACACAGAGGCCAGCGAUGACUUUGCAAUAGACAGCAAAGAAGAUGAGGCCAAGCUGACUGGGGAGAACGGUGUUGUGAACGGUGAGGAUGGUGGAAGAACGGAUGUGAACAGAGCAGCUGGCAAGAGGGGAAAGAAACAGUCAGGCCCUUCAAGGAAAAAAUUCAAGCGUUGUCAUCAGAAACCCAAGAACUUCAGGAAAGCAACCAAUGGCAAAUAAACUUUAAUGAUAAAAA